AAGGAUUGAUAGUAAGCAAGAAGGCAGAAACAUCCUUCGUUGUCUUAGGUAGGACAAUGGCGACUGGGGCGAGAUCAUUUUCGAGCGCUGAAAGAUACGAUCCAUUGAUCUUGUCGAACUCACCUGUACCAUGAAAAUGAAGCUGCUCAGCUGGGAGGACCUGCUUGAGAGCUUCGAUGGCAGAGAGCGUAGUCAUUUUGAAACUAUAACGAUAAGUUAGGGUGCAAGAAAAAUUAUUUCUGGAGAUUAAUCUGUAUUGCUAAUGAUGUUAGUAGUGUAGACUUGGAACAGGAAGUUUGCUGUUCUUUGUUGUGUGACGAAAUGAAAUAUCUUUUUCAUUCUACCAACAUCAUCCCUUACUUCUUAACUCCGAAGUCGAUCCUACCAUAGGCAAGCCCAGAAAUUCUCAAGGAUAAGUAUGUCCCUAGCCUCUUUAUUAUUUAAAACCUAUUACUCUGUCUAUAUUUAAUUGUCUCUAAGUGGAUGUUCAGUCCAGAACAGAGACUCCCUUCCCAAAUGGCUACUAAAGCUGAACCAACCCUCCCCGGGUCAACUGACGGAGAAACGGCAUCGAAGCCGCCUGCCAAAGGUCUUCGAUUCUGGGGCAUCUUUGCCUCUGUCUGCCUCUUGUCGUUUAUUUCCGCCUUGGAUGUUUCUAUUAUUACUACUGCCCUCCCAACGAUCACGGCGGAAAUUGGGGGAGCUGAACAAUAUGUGUGGAUUGCGAACUCAUUCAUAGUUGCCUCUAGUGUUCUGCAGCCUUUGUUUGGUCAAGUCGCAGACGCUUUUGGCCGACAGAUUCCCAUCAUUACAGCAACUACCCUUUUCACCCUUGGCAGUGGACUCGCCGGCGGUGCGUACAACGUUGGCAUGCUGAUCGCGGGCCGCACAGUCCAGGGUAUCGGUGCCGGAGGCAUCUACGUCCUCAUUGACAUCGUGUGCUGUGACUUAGUUCCGCUCCGUGAGCGAGGCAAGUAUCUGGGUCUCAUGUUCUCUUGGUCAGGAGUUGCAGCCGCCUUAGGCCCGCCAGUUGGUGGUGCUCUGGCGCAAGAAAACUGGCGGUGGGUGUUUUGGAUCAACAUACCUAUUUGUGGCCUGGCUUUAUUCGCUCUUGUUUUAUUCAUGAGGGUGAAUAAGGGAGCUGAUUCUUCCACGCUAUCCUUGAUCUCAAAAGCAAAGCGGAUAGACUACUUCGGAUCACUUAUCUUCAUACCGAGCAUGAUCGCAUUGCUUUUUGGCUUAAUUAUGGGUGGUGUACAGUUUCCAUGGUCCUCCUGGCGUGUUAUUUUACCGCUUGUGCUAGGGAUUGCUGGUUGGAUAUUCUUCCAUAUUCAACAGCAUUACUUUGCUCGGCACCCCAGUGUACCUUCGAGGCUCUUCGGUAACAGGACAUCUGUGACGGCGUUUAUAUUGACAUUCACGUCUUCUGUCAUCUUACAGAUGAUUUCAUACUUUUUGCCUAUCUAUUUCCAAGCGGUACUUGCCACGACGACCCUAGAAUCUGGCACGUUUUUUCUCCCCUUCGCACUGGGGUCAUUAGUUUUUGCUGUCGUUGCUGGGGCACUAUUGACUAAAUUUGGCGCAUAUCGUCCGCUGCAUGCCACCGCCUUUGCUUUAUUAGCCGUCUCCUUCGGUCUUUUUACUUUACUUGACGGCUAUACAACUAAAGUUGCUUGGGCUUUCUUUGAACUGAUUGCUAGUGGAGGUUGUGGGAUGAUUAUCUCUACUCUUUUGCCUGCUAUCAUGGCUAAGUUACCAGAGUCCGAUGUUGUCACAGUGUCCGCAACGUUUAGUUUUAUUAAGAAUUUCGGCUAUAUAUGGGGAGUGACAAUCUCAAGCAUUGUUUUCAAUGCUGUUUUUGACUCCAACUUAUACAACAUUUCGGACCAAACGCUACGGAGCCAACUGCAGAGCGGGGCAGCAUACUCCUUUGCGAGCCAGGUACAUACUAUACGAUCAACUCUUGAUCUAGGCGUUUGGGUCGAGACUAGAGACGUUUAUACAAAAAGCUUACGAAUAAUCUGGUGGGUGGGCUUGGGCAUUAGUUUGGCAAGCUUUUUUGCGGUUGCAGGAGAGGAGGGGCUGGAACUCCGAAAAGAAUUAGAGACUGAAUAUGGUAUCAAUGAUCAACCGGAUAGAUCAACUAAUGAUAGGGAGAAAUUGAAAGACGAGCUUAAGACACAGGAGGAGUGAACCUACUUCAGAUUCAUAUAAUUACUACGGAGCUUCCUUUUUACAUACAAGCAGAGUUCUAGAUACCAGAUCUAUGAAGAGGGUAUGCCACCUCCUAUU